CGUCCCCUCCGCCCGCGGCAGCGGCGCUGGCGUCCCUGGCGGCGGCGGCGGCGGCAGCCGAGCGCCCCGGAGACGCGCGGGCGGGCCCGCCGGCCUAGUGGCCGCCAGACGCGGAGGCCGGCCGCCGCCCGGCGCCACCCGAGCGGAGGGGGACUUGGGGGAGGCCCGGCGCCCUCCCGCCCUCCGGCCGCCGCCGCCGCCGCCGGGGGCCCCGGCCGGGCAGGGGGCGCGGCGCGCGCCGGGAGCGCCGGAGAUGGCGGGAGGGCACUGCGGCGGCUUCCCCGCGGCGGCGGCCGGCAGCGGCGAGAUCGUGCAGCUCAACGUGGGGGGGACCAGAUUUAGCACCUCAAAACAGACACUCAUGUGGAUUCCAGAUUCCUUCUUUUCCAGUUUGCUGAGUGGAAGAAUCUCAACGCUUCGCGAUGAAACUGGUGCUAUAUUUAUUGAUAGAGAUCCUGCAGCAUUUGCACCCAUUUUAAAUUUUCUUCGGACAAAAGAAUUAGACUUAAGGGGAGUGAGCAUUAACGUGCUCAGGCACGAAGCCGAAUUUUACGGAAUCACUCCAUUAGUGCGCCGGCUCCUGCUGUGCGAGGAACUGGAGCGCUCGUCCUGCGGCAGCGUGCUCUUCCACGGCUACCUGCCCCCGCCAGGUAUUCCUAGCCGGAAGAUAAACAACGCGACGAGACCCCCUGCGGACUCCAGGAACGGACUGAACUCUGCGGAAGGGGAGGCGCGGGGAAACGGGGCCCAGCCUGUCCUCUCUGGGUCCGGGGAAGAGACCGUCAGGCUGGGCUUCCCCGUGGACCCUCGCAAGGUGCUGAUAGUGGCCGGCCACCACAACUGGAUCGUCGCCGCCUACGCCCACUUUGCGGUGUGCUACAGGAUCAAGGAGUCCUCGGGGUGGCAGCAGGUGUUCACCAGCCCGUACCUGGACUGGACCGUGGAGCGCGUGGCCCUGAACGCCAAGGUGGUCGGCGGUCCCCACGGGGACAAGGACAAGAUGGUGGCGGUGGCCUCCGAGAGCAGCAUCAUCCUGUGGAGCGUGCAGGACGGCGGGAGCGGCAGUGAGAUCGGAGUGUUCAGCCUUGGCGUCCCCGUGGACGCGCUCUUCUUCAUCGGGAACCAGCUGGUGGCCACGAGUCACACGGGGAAGGUGGGAGUGUGGAACGCUGUCACUCAGCACUGGCAGGUCCAAGACGUGGUGCCCAUAACCAGCUAUGACACGGCGGGGUCCUUCCUGCUGCUCGGAUGCAACAACGGGUCCAUCUACUACAUUGAUAUGCAGAAGUUCCCUUUGCGCAUGAAGGACAACGACCUCCUCGUGACUGAGCUGUAUCACGACCCUUCCAAUGACGCCAUCACCGCGCUAAGCGUCUACCUCACACCCAAAACAAGUGUCAGUGGGAACUGGAUCGAGAUCGCCUACGGUACGAGCUCCGGAGCAGUGCGCGUGAUCGUGCAGCACCCCGAGACGGUGGGGUCGGGCCCCCAGCUCUUCCAGACCUUCACAGUCCACCGCAGCCCCGUCACCAAGAUCAUGCUGUCCGAGAAGCACCUGGUGUCAGUCUGUGCGGACAACAACCACGUCCGCACGUGGACGGUGACGCGCUUCCGCGGCAUGAUCUCCACGCAGCCCGGGUCCACGCCGCUGGCCUCCUUCAAGAUCCUGUCCCUGGAGGAGGCGGAGAGUCACGGGAGCUACUCCUCCGGGAACGACAUCGGGCCUUUCGGAGAGCGGGACGACCAGCAGGUGUUCAUCCAGAAAGUGGUCCCCAUCACCAACAAGCUGUUCGUGAGGCUCUCGUCCACUGGGAAGAGAAUCUGCGAGAUCCAGGCGGUGGACUGCACCACCAUCUCCGCGUUCACCGUGCGGGAGUGUGAGGGCUCCAGCAGGAUGGGCUCGCGGCCCCGGCGCUACCUGUUCACGGGCCACACGAACGGCAGCAUCCAGAUGUGGGACCUGACCACGGCCAUGGACAUGGUCAACAAGACAGAAGACCGGGACGCAGGGGGCCCGACGGAGGAGGAGCUGCUGAAGCUGCUGGACCAGUGCGACCUGAGCGCGUCGCGCUGCGCCACCCCCAGCAUCAGCCCCGCCACCUCGGUGGUGCAGCCCAGCCGCCUGCGGGAGUCCAGCUCCAGCCUGCAGCUCCAGCACCCGGAGCCCGUCCGCGACGCCGCCACGUACGGCUCCCUGCGGCCCUACCGCGAGAGCCCGCUGCUGGCCAGGGCCCGGAGGACCGAGAGCUUCCACAGCUACCGGGACUUUCAGGCGCUCCACCUGAACCGAGACGGGGAGCCGGCCGUCCCCGAGAACGCCACCUCGGGCCCCGGCCACGCCGAGGUCAAGUGCGCGGCCGGGGAGUGCGCCGUGCCCGAGAGGAAGUCUCCGGGGGCGGAAACGAAAGGCGGGAGAGAGUCCGAGAGCGGGUUGGAGGCGCACAAAGUAGCGGAAGCCUUCGUAGAACCUAAGAAAAGGCCGUCGGAAGAGGAGAACGACAGCAAAGCGGAGUUGCGGAGGAAGGGGGGGUUUGAGGGUGGGGGCUUCCUGGGGAGGAAGAAAGUGCCCCACCUGGCUUCGUCCCCCAGCACUUCCGACGGGGGCACCGACUCCCCGGGCACCGCGUCGCCCUCGCCCACCAAGACCACGCCGUCCCCGCGCCAUAAGAAGAGCGACUCCUCGGGCCAGGAGUACAGCUUGUGAAUGCUCACCGAAAUAAGUAGUCUUUCUUUUCUUUCUUUCUCUUAAAUAUGUAUAUUGAUUUACAGGGGGACGAGGGAGAGAAACAGGCAUCGGCUGCCUCCCACACAUGCCGCCCCGGCUGGGGCUCGAACCCCCAACCUUUCGGUGUAUGGGACGAUGCCCCAACCCACUGACCAUCCAGCCAGGGCUUGCUUUUUUUUUUAUACGUGCUUUUUCAUUAGUAUAGGUAUUAAGUAUGUGAGACAACACUGUCAUGUUCUAGAGAGGUCCCACGUUGUCCACCCGCAGUGCGGACUUCCGGCAGAGGCAGAGCUGGGCGCCAGGGUGCGCGGACGGAGAGGACCUGCUCCGUGGGGGCGACACACGCUCCCUGAGGAGGCGCCGCGUGUCAGCGCUCUUCCGUUUUACCCCAAAACUCUACAGAUUAAAGUUGGACUUCGUCUGUUAUCUUUUUUUACAGAAUUAUCUGGAGUAGGGAGAUCGGAGACUCUUUUGACCUUUUUGAAGUUGUUUUUGUUUUGUUUUGUUUUUGAGGUUUACAAGUACGUUUAACUGGUGAUUGGUAGAGCAAGGGUCCACUUCCAAGGGUCCAUUUUCAGGCGCACUUUCUCCGGGGAGCUGGGAGAGAGGUGUCCUGAGCACCCAGCCUAUCGGGGCGGUGCCUGCUUGGAGCGCGGGAACCCCCGGAGGGCAUUACUCCCCGAGAAUCACAUAAUUCUCUUUGGAGCCUAGUCUCUCGACCCUUAUUGUGAUUGCAAAGUGUUUACCUGAGGUCUGACGAGGUGCUAUGUGUGUGACGAACUACCACGUAAUCCAGAAACACUAUUGAUGUCGCGUAGCAGAGCGGACUGGUAGCGCAGGUCCCUUGCAGGUCAUCAUCGUCCGAAUCUCGUUAAGGGAAGUCUUACGUCUUGUCAGGCUUCACAGGUGUCACAUGCCCAGCAUCAUCCAUUUACACUGCCUUUACAGUUGUGUGUGUGCGAGCAGAUAAAAUAAACAUGAUCCCCAGGGCCAAAGCCGCGAGUGCCCGGAAGGGAACACUGGGGCAGCUGCUGGCCCCCCUCGUGCUGGGGGCCACGGCCCGAGUUCUUCGUCGGUACCGAGGUUGGAAUGUGGCCCCUUUGUUCAGCUCCUGAGACGACAGUUCUGAAUUUUGGGUUAAAGGUUUUGGCUGCUGUAAAAAUAUUAUUUUGAAUAUAUUUUGAAUUGUAAGAAUAAAAUAAUUUUUUUGUUUUUUCCCCAUUUAAUUGAAAUGAUUUUCAAGAUACAGAGAGAUUUUCAAGUUUCUGCAAAUAGGAUGAUUGUACAUUUCAAGCAUUAAACAUUUAUUGGUGAAAAAUGUAUAUAUUCCCAUUUCAAGAAAUACAGUGAGUGAAGUUGGAAUAAAUGCAUUAGAGUUUACCAUUUUACCGGUGGUUUCACAACCAUUCUCUUGUAUUUAUAUAUUGAUCAAGUCAAAUAAAAGUGAUUAAGACUAUG